AUGCAUGGUAGACGUUGUGUUGUUCAGGACUGUGGAAACGUAAAGAACGAUGAAUUGGGGAUUUCUAUUCAUAAUUCUCCUGAUUCGGGCAGCGUUAGAUUAAAGUGGAAAAGGUUCGUGUCCAUUCAUCGGAAGGAUUUCAACACAGUGGUAAAAUUUGCUGUGUGCUCGGAGCAUUUUACAAGGGAUUGUUUUACGCUUGCUUUUCCGAUGAAAGGCAUGAUAAGGAAUUUGAAGAAGGGGACGUUUCCAACCAUUUGGAAAAAAUCCUCUCAAACACUAUCAAAGAGAAGUCGACGAUCGGUGAGUGAAAUUACAAUGUAUUUGCGCUGUGCUUAUCACCAUUAUAUUUAUUUCCCCAUUUACCUGUGACAUGAUUUUUUCUGGCAUCGUUGUUCAAUAUUCGUGUAAUGAAUGCUCUGACUAUUUGGACUUCCCAUAUUGUUGCAUGUGUUUUCAUACUUUUCUGCUUUCUUCUCAUAGUUAUAGUAAAACGGGCAUUUGCGCUGAGUGGACGUGAAGUCAAUUCCCCAAUUCCCAGACCUUUCCACUCAAGCGUAAAAUUUAGAAAAAGUGAAGCUACAUAGAAAUCCGGCUCUCUAUUUUUUGAGAGAUUAUCUUGCUGUUACUUUGAGAUUUGACAGUACUCCAAACUUCCCUCCAAGAAAUCUUACAGCAAAUUAAGAGUUACACGCGAGUCUUUUAAAACGACCAAAAAUGAACUUAGUCUGAUUUCUACAUUCUAUAAGUUCAGUUAUUGUUUCCGGGUUUUUUUUUUCGUUUGUAUUUUAAUUCUAUUUUCACUGUCUGCAAAUGAUGCAUACAUUUUAAGGCAAAGAUGUGGUUAAACCUUGCUUCCAUUCCUAGUUUUGAAAACAUCGACAUAAAGCUCAAAUUUAAACUUGUUUUGAAGGGGAGAUAUAAAAAAUGGUCGUACCUAUUUUCAUUUUUAGCUACUAAAUGAAAUUCUGGCUGGUCAAACUACUAAUGAGGAUACAGAGGAAGAAGACAAUCCUGAAGAAGAGGCGAUCUCUUUGAAAGGAAUUUCUGCACCUGAGGAGAGUGCUGACACUAUGGGGGCUCCCAAUCUCAACCCUGAGGAGUCUCCAGAAGUCGAGGGUGUUCUGAAUACAAGUCAGGGUUCUUUGCUUGCGGCAAAUCCUGAAAAGGAGGGCUGCAUUCCUGAGACUGAGACGGAUGAGAUAAGUGUUGAUGCUGAGAUGGCUUCAGAGGUCCUAGGUACUCCUGGUGAUAAGACAGCUCUCGAGAGCCAACGGAUUUCAGGCACUGAUGAGGUUACUGAGACCAUGCAGAUCCUGGAGGCUCAGGGAAUCAAAAAAGUGCAGGAUAUGGAUGAAGUUAUGCAGAUUGAUGAAUCAUUAACGAUUCCUGAACUUGAACAGGUUUCUAUGGUAGGCGCAUAACUCUAAUUAAUGUUUAUUUGCAUCUUUGUAUUAUCAUAGCAAUGGCAUGUGCAGUUAUUUUACAACAAUACUAAAACACAAGAAUUCUAAAGUCUUGUUAUUACAGCCUGUAUUAACCCUUUAAGUCCCAAUAGUGACCAACAUCAAUUUUCUCCUAACAAUAUCAAUACGAUGUCAAGAGAUUAGGUUAUGAGAAUUCAUAAAAUGAUCACCUAAGAGAAAAUGCUUUGACCUUUUAUCAAAUUCUCUCAACUCAUUCUUUAAGGAAAUGUAUAGAGAUCAGUUUGGAGAAUUUGCAUAUAGAUAUUGGGGCCUAAAGGGUUAAUGUUGAAAGUUUGUUUUUUGUAGGAUACUUCAACUGGACAUGCUGGGAAUUGA